AUGGUGUAUCAAGUCUACCUCAACCGGAUGGGGGAUCCAUACUAUAGUGGAGAAAUUCUCACCAUCCCCAAUAGACACUAUGCAGACGAGUUCUACAACCGGUGUAUCACCACAACUGCUGGCGCUGCCAAUCCGCUGAACGAUCUCGUGAGAUAUAGCCCUCAGUUCUGGGCAUUACCCAUGACGAUGCAGGAAUCGCGUCUUCAUAACUUCCUAACUUCAAAUGCCAAGGACCUCAUUCCUACCACCAUGAUUGCCCGAACCAGUGGAUCUGAAGAUGCCCCUGGCGCCCUGCCACCCAUUCCCAACGACGCAACAUCCAACGUGGAAUACUUGUCAGGCGGUGCUUAUUAUAUUCGCACCAAGUCAACACCCCACCUGUACUGGAUCUUCCAGGACAAAGGUCAGAAAAUUAUCUCUCUUGAUUCCAGAAAGGCAACCAAGUUCCAAAUCAAUCGAGACGAUUCAGCCAAGCCUUCACCUGCACUGCCAAAUGAUCGUCGCGUCCUUGAAAGAAAGGACGAUAUCGAACUGGUUGUACUGAGCCCAAGUGGAGGCCACACCAUCGGUGUCUCGAAUCAUUAUGUGUCAACGACUGUAACUUCCUUCCAUUUCACUUUCGGUGGUUUUUACAAUGGAGACUUUGGGGUUGAUUGGAGUCUUAAAUCCAGCAAUAGCACGGGCCCACAUCUGGCUUACCAAGUCCAGUAUGCCGGUGAAGAGUGGGAGCUUGUGAAUUAG